AUGUCAAACACAACAACUCUCCAACCUCAUCAUUUUUCAAGCGGGACCUUCUAUCCAGAUGUGCGACUUGCCGAAUCAAAAGAUGUAGUUCUUCAGCCUUUGUCAAUCUUAGUAUGGUUUUCAGGUGCAGUACCUCAUCAUCUCGCUCAUUCGAAUAUUCCCAUUGAAAUUACUGUGUCUUUGAAAGACGAAUAUAAAUCAUUCACAGUACCGGUAAUUGAGAUAGCGUCUCAGCAGCAUCAUCACUCGAAUAAUUCCAUGGCUUUCAGUCAAUCUUGCUCUGCGACUGAUAGCGACCUGGCUUUUUCCUUCCUUCCCCUGCUACCAGCAUUCGAUCACACAGAUUCUGACCACUGGGCAGAACUCUUGGACAACAUCCAAUCCUGGCUCGUGAAAUCUGUAGAUCCGAUAACGCCUGAAUGGACUUGGGGUCGGGAAGUGUUCUGGUAUGCAUUCAUCGCCACCCAUCCCGACUUCCCAAGCGGAAAGUGGUCCUUCUGGGAUCCUAGUAUUCCCCUUGAGGGCCAAUUCAUUGAGGAGUGGGUGGGGAGCGGCGGCGUCAUCAGGAUGGCCAUCGACGAUGACGAUGACGACGACGAUGACGGCAAGCUAACCACUGUCUCUACACACGGUGAUACCUUGGACUACAUUUGGUCUGAAUUUUCGAGGCACAUCGUGCUUUUUUAUCCCUAUCCUUUGGUUUCUACUUCAUGA